GCGGUAGCCUACGAAAAAACAAGCAGGCGGCACUGGAGAGGCAAGACGGGCACAGUUUACCUCCACAUCACAAGAUCAUAUUUUGGAGCGGAAAUUUCACGCCCUGUCGGGUCGUGUUACCGUUGGAGACGGCUGAGGCUAUUCACGGGCAUAAACAAUAGGAUGCAGUGUAGACUUGGCUGGUGACUGGUCUACAGGCUCUCCACUUCUCUUGUCCCUGGAGUCAGGCAGUUGGGGGGCAGAUUCCUGCAUUCCCCUUCACUCAGUCUGAGUCUUUUUGUCUGGACAAAACCAACUGCCUGCCAUUGGAGUACACAGCUCAUCCUCGCCCGUGUUGCUUGGAUCAGCACAGCUCAUCUCCUGACUGAGGAGAGCGCAGCAGCUGCACAAGAUUCACCUUCUGCCAACUGAUCCCUCCCGGCCCUGCCCACACUACCCCGUCACCAUGGUGCUGUCACAACGGCAACGAGAUGAGCUAAAUCGAGCGAUAGCCGAUUAUCUACGUUCCAAUGGAUAUGAAGAGGCAUAUUCCACUUUCAAGAAGGAGGCGGAAUUAGAUAAUAAUGAAGAAUUGGAUAAGAAGUACGCCGGCCUUUUGGAAAAGAAAUGGACCUCAGUCAUCAGAUUACAAAAGAAGGUGAUGGAACUUGAAUCCAAACUGAAUGAAGCUAAGGAGGAGAUCACACUGGGUGGGCCCGUAAGUCAGAAACGUGACCCCAAAGAGUGGAUCCCACGCCCACCAGAAAGGUAUGCGCUGAGUGGCCACCGCAGUCCAGUCACCCGCGUCAUCUUCCACCCAGUCUUCAAUGUCAUGGUGUCGGCUUCUGAGGACGCAACAAUAAAGGUGUGGGACUAUGAGACAGGAGAUUUUGAACGCACACUGAAGGGCCACACAGAUUCAGUGCAGGACAUCUCUUUUGACCAGAACGGCAAACUGCUAGCAUCCUGCUCUGCAGACAUGACUAUCAAGCUGUGGGAUUUCCAACUGUAUGAGUGCAUCAGGACCAUGCAUGGACAUGACCACAAUGUUUCGUCCGUAGCCAUCAUGCCCAAUGGAGACCAUAUUGUUUCUGCCUCAAGGGACAAAACCAUAAAAAUGUGGGAAGUGGCAACUGGCUACUGUGUGAAGACCUUCACAGGCCAUAGGGAGUGGGUGCGUAUGGUUCGGCCCAACCAAGAUGGAACACUGAUUGCUAGCUGCUCCAAUGACCAAACGGUGCGUGUGUGGGUCGUGGCCUCCAAAGAGUGCAAGGCUGAGCUGCGAGAGCACGAACAUGUGGUGGAGUGCAUCUCCUGGGCACCAGAGAGCGCCUACCCCGUCAUCCUAGAUGCCACAGGCUCUGAGACCAAGAAGAGUGGUAAGCCAGGCCCCUUCCUGUUGUCUGGCUCCAGAGACAAAACCAUCAAGAUGUGGGAUGUUAGCAUUGGCAUGUGCCUUAUGACACUGGUUGGCCAUGACAACUGGGUGCGUGGUAUCCUCUUCCACCCUGGAGGCAAGUUUAUUGUGACCUGUGCAGAUGACAAGACCUUAAGGAUCUGGGACUACAAGAACAAGCGCUGCAUGAAAACCCUGUGUGCCCAUGAACACUUUGUUACCUCUCUGGAUUUCCACAAGACUGCUCCCUUCGUGGUCACUGGGAGUGUAGAUCAAACAGUAAAAGUGUGGGAGUGCCGCUGAUUUGGACCUUUGGAGGAUUGGACCACCACCCCAAUUACCCAGGCGCUCCUCUGGAUCCCACCUCCCCUCCUGCCUUCCCACCUUCCUUUUCAUCCCAAUGCCCCCUCACCUAACCUAAACCUCACCCACAUCAUCAUCAUCAUCUCCUCCGGCUGCACUUAACCACCAUGGUUAUUUACCCAUCAUUCUCUCUGGUCCAAUAACUAUUGUCCUUCUAUGUAAAUUAUUCCUGGAUGUAGAUCGAGCUAUUAAAUGUUACACAAAAAAGUAUUCUUGCAUGGUAAUCCAAAAUUGUAUACUGUAAAUUUACAUAACGUCUAGAAGUACCAUAGGUUUACCACGGGGCUGACCGUCUGUCACGCAGCCUUACCGACCAACUGAAGGCAGAUGUUUUUGACUGGGUGUAAAAUGUAGGGCACUAAAAACCGAUAAUUUAAGAAAUGACAGUGUCUUUAUGUGUAAGAUUUAUUUUUGUCUAUUUUUUUAUUUAGGAUUUUUUUCUCUGUUAUUUCUCUCCUUCACUGUCGUAGUCUGUUGGUGCCUAGCUUGGUGAAACUUUUGAGAGAUAAGGCAGGAAAAGCAUAUAUGAUGCGAUAAGAUAUGAUUGUCUGUGGGGCGUUGUUAUUGAAAUAAUCUGUAGCUUUAUAACAUCACUUCUCAAGUGUGCAUACCAUUUCUCUUCAUGUGGAACUAGGUAAUAUUUUAAUGGCUGUAUAUACGAAUGUUUCAAACUGUUGUCCUUGGACCUUGGGGGCUUAAAAACAGCUUUGUACUCUUGUCAUGGUGGCACAUGAACCACUGCUAGGCUUUAGAUAAAUUAUCCCAUUUAAUGAAUCUGCAGAGAAGAAUAAGAAGUUGAAAUGUUUCAAAGUGGCUUUGUGAUUAACCGUACAGAGUUUUUCACUAGAAGCCCAAAUUUAGAGAGCAGGUUUGUUGUCAGUGAGCGCCCUGGGUCACAGUAACACCUGAGCAGAGUUCAGGGAUUAUGCCUGUUUAAUCUCUAGCACUUGAUAAAGUCCUUGGGUGUGUCUCCCUUUAGGAGACCAUUUCCUGUGACCUGACUUUUAUUGAACGAAAAACCUCUGUCCACUACUAGACCCCUGACCAGUCAGUCUUGGCAGGGUUUGGUGUGCCAUAGGAAUUAUGUAAUGUCAGAAGAUGCUCCAUUGUCCCAUGGCGCAUCUGAAGACUACAAAAGAGCCUUGUGUGAAAUAUAACCGCUAAAGAGAAAACAUACGGGCACGAUGAGGAGUCGAAGUGAGCCCCCCUGGGUUUGAUAUCUGGGAUGUGCAAAGAUCUCUAAUUUCUGAGGGGUGAAAGUAUGUUCUGCUUAAUAAAAAUGCUUUUAAGUAAUAAAAAAAUCAGUUUUCUGUGAAAAUAUGAAAUGUAAAUUUAGCUUGUUAUUAAGAGAUUUGGCAAUUUUGUAUUAUCGCACUAAAGGAUGAACUGGAUGGGAAUUUAGGAUUAGGGAGGAAAUGCUAGCAGUAGACAUGCUAAGUGAUUUGUUGGUGCUGUUUUCUCUGUAGAGGGGUCUGAUGCUGAGGUUUUUUUGUUGCAAAGAGCUCUUCACUGUAAAAAGAGGCAGUGACAGCUCCUGGAUCAGAUAUGGAGGAGAAUGCGAAAGCCUGAGCAGCGAGCAUCUCUACAGACAAACCUCACAGACCACUUCAUACAGUGUGCGUCUUCUGAGUGGCUUUCCUCAAACUGUAAAGCAGGAAGGUUUUUUUUUUUUUUUGGAAAGACUGGAAAACAAUUAAACCAGUCCAUGCUGUAGAAACAACCAUUCCACUCCCCUUGGAGGACAAAAAAAAUGAAACAUCUUGCUUCGAACUGUAGUUGACAAGGUGAUUCAUUAAUCUUGCACAUCCCUGUUUUCACUAAAUCUUCGGUCGUUUAAUGAUGAUCAAAGACAACAUUUAAAAUUUAAUGAUGUUGAUACGUGCAUAAACCUAUAAUUUCUGAUUAGCCUUUUCAUUCCAAUGCAUACUUGGCUAAUAAAGAAUUCCACUGCUUAACUGAUCUUCUUAUCUUUGCUUCUUUGCCACGUUUUUCCUCUUCCUGUGUGUUCUGGAUGUGGUGAUCUGCUGCUCAAGCUCCUGCUAGUGGCUACUGUGAGCCUAAUGUGACCUGUUGAUGUAGCACUGCUGCAUGUAAACCUGCACCAGAGGUGGAGCUGUCAGAACAAAACUCUUUAAAAAGUUAAAUACAGGAGCCCCCCUAUCAGAGACCAAUUGGUUUGAACAAUAGGGUGAGAAAGUGUCCCUGUGCACUAAAAUGUAGAUCGAUAUUUGGGAAAAUAUGCUUAUUUGUUUUCUUGCUGAGAAUCAAAUGAGAAUAUCUAUACCGCUCAUAUUUGUACUGUUAAUAUGAAGCUACAGCUAGCAGCUGCUUAGUUUAGCUUAGCAUAAAAGCUAAAAUUGGGGAGACAGCUAGCCUGGCUCUCUGCAGUCUACCUGCACCUAUACUGAAUCUUAUUUGUUUAAUCCAAAAAGUGUAACCACAAUAUGCGGUAUCCUGAGGGAAUUUUGUGCUGGAGGGCAGGACCCUCUGAUUGGUUUACCCUGAUAUUUUUCCGAUAAGCCUAACCAGUCGCCACUCAAGCGUACUAGCCAAUCAGCAGCAGAGUUUGGACGGGUCAUGCCUUUGCCAUGGUAGGAUUCAUAAUAUAGAUUUAGAAGUGCAAUUUAAGAUCUCUGAGAUGUUAGUUCUGUUUUAAUGGCUGUUUAUUCAGAAAGACCCCUUUCCGGUCUUCUAAGCUAAGCUAAGCUAAGCAGCUGCUGGCUCCAGCUACACAUUUAUCAUACAAACAUCACUUAUUAAUGUUCUCAUCGAACUCAGCAACAAAGUGAACAGGUGUAUUUCUCCAAAUGUCAAACUAUUCCUCUUACAUUGUUGUGUCUUUGGUUGGCUUGCCUGAUGAGUUCAGACAGCUCUGUUCACUGGUUGUAGAAAGGCUGGUUUUGUUGUGUGUGCGAUGCUUUUUGAAGGAGGUUCACCUCCUCUUCUGUAAAUGCAUUGGGAUUGUGGCAGACUAGGAUGUCCCAAAGGAGAAACCCUCUUUUUCAGGGAACUCAUGUCUCCCUUUGGUGUGUGCCCCCUUUACAAAGGUCUUUUUUUCUUUUUUUUCUACAAGCUGUUUUCUCUUUCCUAAGGCAAAAGCUCUGGGUAGAGAAUCAGCAAGUUUUGUAGUACAAUUUGGCAUGGCUAAUGAAGAUGCCAAUGUGUUAAAUGUUCUAGCUGAAGCCAAAAAUAGAGACAAUUGUCAGUACAAUCUGGUUUAUCUUGAUAAAUCAGCCUCCCUUUGUUGGUCCAACACUAUGUGAGCAACUUCUGAAAAUGAUACUAGUCUCUGCAGGAUCACGCUAUGACAUGCCAGACCAUUAAAUGUAAAUCAAAAACUUUUUCCCUUCCUUGGUUUCACUCAAGGAAGGCGAUCAAUCAAAGGUCAGGAUGAUGUGUGUUCUGUUUCUUUUGUAAGAAUCAGUGGAAAAAGAUACAACACAGUUGCUGGUGUUGUAUGCAAGUGUGUGCCCUGUUGAAGAAAAUCCCCUUUUGCCAUUCACAGGUCCCAAGCAAUCCCCAUGCUGCUCUGGUCUGUUGUGUGAAAAGACAGACAGACAGAGUUUUGACUAUCUGUGGGUCAUUUCUUCUGGUCCACCUGUCCUCUGUAAUCUGCCCAUGAACCACAUCACAGGGCUUCAGACUGCACAACAAGCUCCUACAGGAGAGCUCAUGAUGUUUUUCGCCACUAUGGUCUCAGUCUUCACUCAACAAACUGUUAACAAUAUACCUGGAUGUCAUUAUUGUUUGCAAUAUAAUAAAAUAAGAAAA